UCAACAAAAUUUGACUGAUUGUCAAAUAUGUUGUCAAAAUUCUAGUGCAUACUCAAAUAUGAAAUUUGUGUAUCUCCAAAUUACCAGUUGAACUGCAGUUCAUAUCGCAAAUAACAUAUGUCCAUUUUUUUAUUCAACUGCAAAGAUAUCGUAAAACGAAAGUUCUAGAAAAUCAAAUCGAAGAGGCAACCAAAUCAGGUAGUAGCUUGAGGAAUCAUGGAUAGAUGCAUAUGCGGUUCGAACCGGCCUUCCGGUAUUCCUCGACCAGGAAGAAGUCAAGGUGAAUCUACUAUUCAGACAAGUGAAGUACCUUCGCGUAGCCGAAUACCAUGCCCUUAUCCAGGUUCCCGCAUACCUCUACGUGUUCCUCCUUACACUGGUGAACCGCUUUAUUUACCUCCUACCCCAGGAAGUGGUGCUCCUCAAUGGCCUGGUAUGCGCCCAAAUUUCUCUCAAGAAGUGAGAGAUUUUCAGUAUGACCCCAAUUUCUUUGAUGAAAAUCGUCCAAUGAUGCAGUCUAGAAUGCUGAUCACCGGAAGAGGUGGUGGAAGAAAAAUGCAAUUGGAGAGGAGUAACAGACCAGAUAUGGCUGUCAAUCAACCAAUCCUCGAACGUCCCCCAAGACCAAGAGGUUUCGCUGGCCCUGUUCAGAAAACCCCAGUCUGUCAUACUCCAAGACAGCAAAUGAGAACUCCAGCGCGACCUGAGACAUCCCAGAUGUCCUGGGCCAGACCAUCGCCGAGAGCUAUUUCGACUGGACCCACACGCCAGAGACCAACUACAGCGACAACUCCUCCAGUACAACCUGUCAGAUCCACCGGUGCAAUACCAAAGAUCCCUGGAAUUGCUCCUCGAGUUCCAUCAAAAUCUCCUCAAACUCCUUCCGUACCUAGAAGGCAACCAAGACCCUGUCGAGCUGCUUCUCCUCAACCUGUUGGCUUUUCAAGUCCUCCACCACAGAUGCCCACAGCGGCUACUCCUCCUCAUUAUAAUGAAUAUAUGGGAGAAUUUGAAUUAAUGGAAAAGAUUGCUGAACAAGAAUAUGAUCUUGGUGUACAAGAUGUACAACCCGCCGAGAUCUGUCCCUAUUACUGUCCGGAUGAAUCGUUUGACGAAUUUGAACAGUUGGAGAAAACCUAUGAAAAAGUAUGUGCUCCUUCUGACAGAGUUCCAUACAUGUCACCAGAAAGUUUGCGAGAGUUUGAAGAGCUAGAAAAAGAAACUCACUUACAAGCGGUAGCAGCUCCACAAAAUCUUGAAAAACUACUGGAAAUGCCGCCAACUCAGUUGGAUGUUCAACCUCUACCGCAACAAGGAUCAGAAGGACAAUCGGAUUUGAGAAAAUUCUUCAUGCGUCAACGGGAAAAGAAUAGAGCAGCGAUACAGGCACUUUCGGAUUGGGAGAGAACUUACUACGGUAAAAGUGACUUUUUCCGUUCUCCGCCGAAUUCCAAAUUUUGUCCUCCGGAAUGCAAAGGGCUAUGAAGAAACACUUUAUUAAUUCCGUGAAUCACUGGAGUCAGGAAGAUACAAAUUGUAACCCAGAGGAAGGAGAAUGAUGGCGAAGCAAGAAAUGUGACCAAACAAACAUGUUUCAAUAUUUUAAUAUCCAAAGCAAAUUGUUUUUUGUAUUCAAAAUGUUUACCUGAAUUAUUUUUUUCAACCCAAUAAAUGUGAAAUUAGGUUCUAUUUUCUGAAAACUCUAUUGAAAAGUAUACUUUUGGGAAUUAUG